GGGAGUCAUUGCGGGGGGUAAUCUGGUAAUGUUUGAGUCGCGAGGCGUUGGGGUGUUCUCGCCAUUUUGGAAGUGUAUUUUCUAGUCUGUUUUUCUAGAGUCUUGAUCUUUCUGAUUUUUAUUGAACCAAAAAUUUUGAACUUUACAAUGUCCAUGAGGCGUCAGUUAAAAAACGUUGUAAACAAUUACUCCAAUGCAGAAGUGAAGGUUCGUGAAGCAACCUCAAACGAUCCUUGGGGACCGUCAAGUUCUGUGAUGACGGAGAUUGCAGAUGCAACCUACAAUGUAGUUGCCUUUUCGGAGAUCAUGGGAAUGAUUUGGAAAAGACUCAACGACCAUGGAAAAAAUUGGCGGCACGUUUACAAAUCGUUGGUUGUUUUGGAUUAUAUUAUAAAGACUGGCUCUGAAAGAGUGGCUCAACAGUGCCGCGAGAACUUGUAUGCAAUUCAAACUUUAAAAGAUUUUCAAUUUAUUGACAAGGACGGUAAAGAUCAAGGAAUGAACGUGCGUGAAAAAGCUAAACAGCUUGUUGGAUUAUUGAAAGAUGAAGAUCGGCUGAAGAGUGAAAGGUCUCGAGCGUUGAAAGCGAAAGAAAGAUUCGCUCAAGCUAAUUCUGGGAUUGGAAGCGAUUCAUUAAAGGCGGGCAACUUGCGAGAUUCAGGCAGCACAUCCGAUUUGCGUCUUGAGAGUUCAUCAGCACCAGCCUCAACUGUGCCUACAAGCCGUUCAUGGGAGCCAGGGAGAAAAGUUAUGGGCAGCGAUAUGGAAACCUGCCGUCCAUCAAAUGCUAAUGAGGAAGAGUUACAAUUGCAACUUGCCUUGGCACUAAGCAAGCAGGAAGCAGAAGAAAAAGAGAAAUUAGAGGAGAGGGAUGAUCAGCGCCUACAACUGGCCAUCAACCAAAGUCAACAUGUGCCUCCAACUAGGGAGCCACCACUGUUUGAUGUUGCAAGUAGUGGAGUGAUGAUGUCAGCACAGGAUACUCUUGAUCCCUUCGGUUCUACAUCAGUGGCAGUUCCACAACCCCCAAUGUCACAACCUGAUCCUUGGAGUAGUGGUACCACGACAACUAUUAGUACAACUUCUAACCCUUGGGAAACUUGUACAGUUCCUCAGUUGCCCGUGACAAAAACACAGAAUUUUUUUGGAGCUUCUAAUGGAACAUCUGCUGUAGGAGCUAUGGUUGGAACCCUAGAUCCGUGGGGAGCAACACCUGUACCUGCUGCUACAACUAUGGCUCAACCUCCAAAUGAUCCUUGGGGGGAAGGGAACUCAUUUCCUGCAGCUGUAGUAUCACAAUCUCAAGGGCCAUGGGAACCUACCCAGACUGAAAGUUUCAGUGCUUUUAACCAGACUAAUACUGUCCAACAACCCUUGGAUCCAUAUAACUUGCCAGAUCAGGGCCAAUCAUCCGAACACAAAAAACCUGACGCAUUUUUGGAUAAUAGGGUUUCCAACUUGGUGAAUUUAGAUCUGCUUACUAAAAAGCCUGAUCCUGUUAUAAACCCAUUCUUGUCCAGCCAGCCAGCAGCAUCCAGGUCAACAAAUCCAUUUGUGCAAGAUAAACCUCAAGCACCAACAUUGAAUCAGCUUCGGGAGCAGCCAGUUGCAAUGCCAAGCAGUAUGCCAAGUAUGGGUGGAGAGGUGUUGUUACCUGCACCACUUAUCCCUGAUUCUGGUUCAAGACCUCAAAAUACAGCUCAAAGUAAUCCUUUCUUAUGAAGAAGUAGGCAUCAGAUCUCAGGGAUAAAAGUAACAAUUCAAGAAGCUUGGGAAUGACAGGAAGAAUAUCGUCUAUAUGUAAAUCCAGUUCAAUUGAGGUUAUUUUCAAAUUAAAAGCUACAUUACUUCCUGGGUCACAGGGCAAAGCUGUGGACUAUUGCUUGAGUAGGAGACAUUUAAUUGUUUUACAGCAGAAAACAAAGAGAAGCAGUCAAAAUGUACACUGUUGGGCCUUUUUACUCUAAAAAAGGUUUUUUCAAGGGUGAUAAUGUGUAAUAUUAUUGUGAUGUAACAGUGAAUUGUGUUUAACUAGAAAGCCGAUAGGAUUUGCAGAUUUGCAACAGUGUAUCUAUCAAUUGUAUUUGGUAACAUUGUUCAGCUAGUGUGGUAUUUUUUGCUGCCAGCAGGGUUCUCUGGCACAGUUGAAAUAGGUAGAGAUAUUAUUUGUAGUAGCCUGCACUGAGUAUUCAGAACCUCCCAACCUAAAAAGGACCAUGAUUUUGGUUCUUAUCAGUUACCUUUGAAGCACAGUAUGUAUUUAAUGCCAAAAGCAUCUCCCUCAAUGACCCUAAACUAUUCAAGUUUGGUUGCCUCAAUGAGAAAGGCAUUGUUAGUGGCAUACACCUCACAUAAAGAAUAACACUAUUCCAAUAGGAUGCAUAAUGACAGUCUGAGACUGGAGUCUCCCUGAUGGCCCUAUGGAAAACUAAAAUUAUAGCAACAAAAUUAAAUACCAAAAUACAAGUCAGUAGCACAAUGUUACAUGGAGAAAAACCUCAUUAUAAAUGCGCCAAGGCUAGAGUCCACAGACUAUUAGUGGGAGGAUGUGAUUAUUAUCAUGAUUUUUCCUUCAUUUUUGAGUUUUCUGCAAAAUUGUCAUUGUAUUUUCAGCGUGGAGAUGUACUAAAUAAGUAUUUAAAAGCAAUAAAAUUGAUAUACUGUUGACAUAG